AAGAACAUGGCCUGCCGGAAGAUGCUCAAUGUUAUGUAGGCAUGCUGGAAGCUGUAACCCUAUAACACCGUGCUGCGUUCAUCCUUUCCUUUGGAAGCUGUGUGUUCCGCAAGGACGUUAAGCGCGAAGCAUUAUUAGGUUCAUUGUUCAACAUGCUGCGGGCUUUAUCGAGGUGCCACGCUCCUGCAGUCCGUCUUCUCGCUCCUCGCGCCGCUGUCAUGGUCAAAACUGUCAGGGAAAGAAAAUCUCGAACAGACCCCAAGGCGAAGUCAAAAAUGGGACGGAUCAAGACCCCCCCUCCGGUAGAUCCGGUAGAAAUGGUUGUGCUGAAUGAGCGUUACACUGAAUACAAGCUGAUCUUGAGAGCCCUGAGAUUUGAGUUCAAGGAGCAGAUGCUGAGGAAGAAACAUGAAGAGAAGGUCGGUUCCGUGGCGGAGAAAAAAGCUGAAAUUGAGGCAGAAGAGCAUCGGUCACUGAUGGUGAUGAACAAUGCUGAGAACCUCAGGUUACGUAAAAUAAGAGAGCAGCGCGUUCAGGAGGAGGCUGAGGCCGCUGAGCUGAAGAAGAGAGAGGCAGCCAUCUCACGGCAGCAAGAGCUGGAGAACUACAUUAAAGAGAAAGAAAGACAGAUUCUUCUGCUGCAAGAAGAGGCGAAGGACUUCAUCACACUGGACAAUCUAGAUCAGCGGAUUGAAGAGGCUCUAGACAACCCCAAAAACUACAACUUUGCCAUCGAUAAAGAAGGACGUGUUGUCAAACGGACUGCUUUUACGCAAUAAGGAUUUCAAAAACCAAAACACCUACAGUGUGCAUAACAUAUAUAUACUGUCAGGGCCAUCGCUUAACACUGUUUGGACAGAAAAUGUUUCAAAAUUUGUGUGUGUGUGUGUGUGUGUGUAUACUCAAAAUGUCUCAAAUAUACUGAUGUCUAAA